UGUGCCUUAUUAACCACAACGAUGCCUUCUUCAUCGAUAUCACCAAUAUUAUUUGCCAAUGCAUUUAUAUUGUCUGAUUCGGAUAAAUCAACAUCAUCAAAACAAACAUCAUUCUAUAAUGAUGGAUUACAAUAUGGCCAUACAUCACAAUCAAGAUUUAAUAAUUACAAUGAUGAUAAUGAUGAUGAUGAUUAUUAUGAUUUUGAACGAAAAUUAUCAUCAACAGUUGUGAAAAUUAAAUAUGGUCUAUUACAAGGAUUACUUGUACGAAUGGAUAAAAUGUUUAGCAAUUCAACAAAAACAACAAAAAAUCAUCAUCAUCAUCAUCAUCAUCCAAUACGAUUACAACCAGUAAAAGCUUAUCUAGGCAUACCAUAUGCAUCGCCACCAACCGGUGCCUUACGUUUUAUGCCGCCCGUAACACCUGCACAUUGGCGUGGUAUUCGUUUAGCAACAGAAUUACAACCACUUUGUCCACAACGAAUACCAUAUGCUGAUCUAGUGCUAAAUCAAACAACAUCAACUGAAGCGUUGAAAUUAAUGCCAUUAGCACGAUUCGAAUGGUUAAGGCGAAUCGUUCCAAGAAUGUUGAAUCAAAGUGAAGAUUGUCUUUAUCUUAAUAUUUAUACACCGGAUCUAGGAUCUGAAUGGCCAGAAAUAAAAAAAUCUUCAGUGAAAAAAACUGAUUCAAUUAUUGUUGCCGAUGAUGGUAAUCAACGUCAAGUUAAUGACAAUGAUGACGGCCAAGACAACGAUAACUAUCAUCAUUACUAUCAUUAUCACCAGCAACACCAAAAAAAUAAGAAGCUUGAACAUCAGGCCGAUUCGUCAUUGUCGUUCGGGAACAACAACAACGAUGAUGAUCCAGAUACGGAAACAAUUUUGAAUGAAAAUGAU